UUGCUGACUUCAUUGCUAGUCCAUGGUGCUGAUGUAGCGAGGCAGCACUGUGUGUUUCAGCAAGUUAGAAUGCUGUAUCUGUGAUCGGAAGGUUAUUGGUUCAAAUCCCAGGGUCGGUAGGGUAAUUUCACUGUUGGCCGCUAAGCAAACUUACUUGCCCGUUCUCUCAAAAACAUAUAUCACUUUAUUACUUUCCUUAUCUACUCAUUUGGCAAAUGCAAAGGUGGCUCCCAGGGCAGGGCCCGGCACGGUGUGGCAGAUGGCUGGCCAGCCGGUGCCGGGGGAGGAGGCGUGUGGUGCCCCCCAGGGCGGGGUGUUUGCGUAGGCGCCCAGUCGUGCUCGUCACCCAGGUAUGCGGCCGGCAUCACGGAGCCGCGCUCAGCUCCCCCGCUACUGCCACAGAAACGCCUCCACCACCAGGAGAAGCCAGGCAGCCUCCAUGACAUGGGGAAUGCACAGACACAGCAGCCGCUGGAGAUGGCCUACUGCGACCUGAGUGGCCAGGCCCAACAGGCCAUGAUGGUCAUUCAGCUGUAUAUGCUGCCGGCCUUCUUCCUGGGGGUGCUGGCCCUGGGACUCCCCCUCAACCUGCUCUCCCUCUGGGUCUUCUCACGCCGCCUGAAGCGCUGGUCUCGUGGCACGGCGUUCCUCUUCAACCUGGCCCUGGCCGACACCUCCUGGCUCCUGGUUCUACCGUUCCUGGUCCAGUAUCACCUGGCCCAGAUGAACUGGACCCUGGGCUGGCCGUUCUGUACCGCGGUGCGCCUGGUCUACCACAGUUACUUCUACCUCAGCAUCUUUUUUGUGACGUGCGUCAGCGUGGACCGCUACGCCGCUAUCGUGCACCCGCUGCGCUCGCUGGCCCUGCUGGGCCGCCGGCCCACCAGCCUGCUCUGCAUCUCCAUCUGGGGCUUCACCUUGGCCUUCAGCAGCCCCGUGGCCCUGAUGACACUGACCCAGCGCUGCCCGAGGACCAACCGCACCAUCUGCACCAUGUACGUCCUGCUGGAGAACACCCGGCAGAGCCUCCCCUUCUCCCUCUACUGGUCCUGCGUCGGGUUCCUGUUGCCACUCGCCGCUAUCGGCUACUGCUGUUUACGUAGCGUGCAGGAGUUGCGACGGCGGCCCGGCCUCCAGAACAGAAGGGGGCGCCAUUUAACUAGGGUGCUGAGCAUCGCGCUGGUCCUCUUCGCCCUAUUCUACCUACCCUACCACGUUACCCGCAAUGGGGCCAUUGUGGUGCGGGCUGUCCACCCCUGGGACCAGGCCAGGUGGGGGCCCGCCGACGUAGCUUUCUCCCUGGAGAUGUGCCUGUGCAGCCUCAACACCUGCGUCAACCCGCUCUUCAGCUGCUCCGUGGGCCGCCAGUUUCGCCAGGAGUUCUGGGGCAUCGUCGCCAGACUGUGCCAGUGCGGCUCAAACCCAAGGCUGACGGCGGCUCUUCAGGAGAGAGCUCUGGGGCCGCAGGAACAUGGCACAGCCGCGGUGUGGGCCGAGGGCACCGCGUGCUUGACGCACAACUGGUUUCUAUCUCGCCGGGAGAAAGUGGAGCCGUGGAAGACAGAGGGCAAGCAGUCAGCAUGUGAUUAAUGAACUACAUCAAGCUCUUAGCUGACAUGCAGACUGCUGCACUAAUCAGAGUGUAAAACAAUAAUAAACUUUGUGGACUUUGUGCAGUUGAAACCUUCCCAUCUAACACCUUUUGUAAACUUUAGAGACAAAUUGGGGGUGGGGGGGGGAGGCACCACAUUUGCGUUAAAAAUUUUACAGAUUUGCACUGCAGAUGUUUUGCAUAGUGUCCGUGUUAGUUCCUCUCCUGUCUCAAUGCCAGAUCA